CUUUACUUUCUUUGUUCUUUUUGUCUUUUUUGAAAGGGGUUUUUAUUUACUUUCUAAACCAGAUGAUUACGUAUGCUAUAAUUCAUUAUAGCUCCACAGCCACGAUGAAGUUCGUAACUGAUUUUGUGGAGACACUACAAUUUUCUAAUUGAGUCAAAGCUGUAAUUGAAAAUGGAAUCGUUUCGUUAAUGGCCAAUAGCAAUAGCAUCAACUGCUUACAGCAUGAAAACACAUAAAAAAUCUCGUCUUGUUUCAUCCGCUAUCUCUGCUUACAAGUUUCAUAAUGUAUCGCCAAAUUUCAACUAUAACCGAGCUGCAGAAGUUUCUUCGAUCAUCAAUCAAUUUAUGGGAUGGAGUCAGUAGCAUAAAAUCUGCGCCUUUAUUGAGAUUGUAUCACCCAAUGAUCGAAGCAGAAAAGGUGUCAAAGAGUACGAUUCCCAGACGAGAUUACUCACUCAAACAAGACGUAGCUAGGGCAAAUUGUACGAUCACACGAUUAUGCGAAGAGGGGAAAAUUUGUGAAGCACGCCAAAUUUUUGAAGUUAUGCCUGAACGGGAUGUGAUUUCGUGGACGGCUCUGAUUUCGGGAUACAUGAAGCGUGGUCUGGUUGGAGAAGCGCGGGAGCUUUUCAACAGGGUUGAUGCUGUGAGAAAUGACGUUACUUGGACGGCUAUGAUAUCCGGGUACUUGAAAACGAAGAGAGUUGCUGAGGCAGAGAAGCUGUUCGACGAAAUGCCGGAAAGGAACGUGGUGGCUUGGAACACUAUGAUUGAGGGGUAUGUCCGAAUCGGCGAGAUUGAUCAGGCAUUGGUGCUGUUUGAGAGGAUGAGAGAGAGGAACAUUCUUUCUUGGAACACGGUGAUCGCGGGGUUGGUGAGCUGCGGAAGGGUGGAGGAGGCGAGGGGGGUCUUUGACCGGAUGCCUGCAAGGAAUGUGGUUUCUUGGAACAUCUUGAUAUCGGGGCUAUCGAGAAAUGGGAGGGUUGAUGAGGCUAGGUUGCUCUUUGACAGGAUGCCCGAGCGUAGUGUUGUAUCUUGGAACGCGAUGAUCACUGGUUUUAUGCAGAAUGGCGAGUUGGAGAAGGGGAGGAGGUUGUUUGAUGAGAUGCCGGGGAAGAAUGUGGUGUCUUGGACUGCUGUCAUAAGCGGGUAUACGCAACAUGGCAGAAGCGAGGAGGCUUUGAGAAUGUUCCACACGAUGAGUAGGAGUCGAAGGGUGAGGCCGAAUGAAGGGACAUUUGCGAGUGUUUUGGGGGCUUGUAGUGACUUGGCUGGUCUUGUUGAAGGAUUGCAAGUGCAUCAAGUAAUAAGCAAGACAGUGUAUCGAGAGAGUGAGUUUGUGAUCUCAUCACUAAUCAACAUGUAUUCGAAAUGUGGAGAUGUGGUGAUGGCUAGAAAAGUGUUUGAUCGCGGGAUGAGGAGGCGCUGCAGAGACUUGGUGUGUUGGAACUCCAUGAUCUCCGCCUAUGCUCACCACGGAUGUGGAAGGGACGCGAUCAUGGUGUUUGAGGAGAUGCGAAGUAGGGGUGUCAAGCCAAACAAUGUUACCUAUGUUGGCUUGCUCUCAGCUUGCAGCCAUGCCGGUCUAGUGCAGGAAGGGCUGGAUUACUUUGAAAUGCUUGUGAAAAGCAAGUCCAUAGAAGUGAGGGAGGAGCACUAUACGUGCAUAAUCGAUCUGUAUGGCCGAGCAGGAAGACUAGAGGAGGCGUUGGAGCUUAUCAAGAAGCUUCAGACAAAAGCAUCAAUAAAUAGUUGGUGCACACUUCUCUUGGGAUGUAACAUUCACGGGAAUGAUGGUAUAGAAAAACAGAUAUUAGAGAAACUUUUGGAUGUGGAAACAGCAGGGAAUGCUGGCACUUACGCGCUGGUGUCUAGCUCAUACGCUGCUCGAGGGAAGACGAUGGAGGCUGAGAUGGUGAGGCUGAGGAUGAAGAAGGAGGGGCUGAAGAAGCAGCCUGGUUGCAGUUGGAUUGAAGUUGGGAACAAGUUUCAUGUAUUUGUUGUUGGAGACAGAUGUAGUGAAGAUCAUCAAGGUAUGCAAUCCUUAGUCUUUGAUCUUCAUGAGAAAAUGAAGAAGAUUGGUGAUGGUGGUGACACACUAUUAUUUGACAAUGAAUGAUGAAUUCCAAAACUCACCUUCAAGAACGAGCCAAUCGAACUUGAUCUGCCUAUUGCAGUUUGCCUCAAAUAGUGGCUGCGAGUUUUUUUGUAGUCACCCAAAGGAAAGUAAUAUAAGUAAAAGUUAAUCAACAAAUUGUAAAGUUUUAGUCAUAAUGUUAUUUAUGGAGACAUUGAAUUGCACAUAGAAUAUGCCUUU